CGCCUUGCCUCCGCUUCGGCCGCCGCUCCCCUGGCGCCCAGCGCUCUGCGCGGCCUUCGGCUCUCGAAAUACUCCGCGCCGCACCCUGUGCUGAGCGCUGCGGCCCCUCCGAGGUCGCCAAAGCGGGAGAUGACAGAGACUCGGAACCCGCUUUCCCUGGGCAGAGUGUAAGAGUGCCAAGUUUCCAGACCUCAGCCGGGUGUCCAUGGCCAGGAUCAGAUUCUCCUACGCGUGGCCGGCAUCCCGGUGCUGCGCCGUGCCCGCGGUGAGCCCCUUCGCUCGCCAGCGGGUCGCCUGGCUGGGAUUCGGCCUCGUAGCUUUUCUGCUGCUGCUCGUCGCCGUCGUGGACCUGUGGCGCUGGGACCCUGCCUCGUCUCAGGACGCGCAGUACGAGAGGUAUCUGGCCCGAGUUGGAGACUUAGAAGCUACAGACACGGAAGAUGAGACUUUGAAUUACGGACUCGUCGUAGACUGCGGGAGCAGUGGAUCCAGGAUCUUUGUUUAUUUCUGGCCUCGCCAUAAUGGGAAUCCUCACGACCUGCUGGAUAUCAAGCAGAUGAGAGAUCGCAACAGCCAACCCGUAGUUAAGAAAAUCAAACCAGGGAUCUCGGUGAUGGCAGAGACUCCAGAGCACGCCAGCGAUUACCUCCGCCCUUUGCUGCGUUUUGCGGCCGCUCACGUGCCCGUGAAGAAGCACAAGGAAACGCCUCUCUACAUCCUGUGUACGGCGGGCAUGAGACUGCUGCCAGAGAGGCAGCAGCAGGCAAUCCUGAUCGAUCUAGUGAAAGAUUUACCUUCGGAGUUCGAUUUCCUCUUCUCACAGUCUCAAGCAGAAGUCAUCUCUGGGAAGCAGGAAGGGGUCUACGCUUGGAUUGGGAUCAACUUUGUUUUGGGAAGAUUCGAUCACGAGGAUGAGGCAGACGACGUGGUGUCCCAGGGGGAGCCGGCUGGUCGCAGGAGGACAGUAGGCGUGCUAGACAUGGGAGGAGCCUCUCUCCAGAUUGCUUAUGAAGUUCCCACCUCCGCCUCCGUCCUUCCUCCAGAUCAGGAGGAGGCUGCCAAGAACCUGCUGGCCGAAUUCAACCUGGGCUGUGAUGCCCAGCACACCGACCAUGUGUACAGGGUAUACGUCACCACUUUUUUGGGCUUCGGGGGCAACUUUGCCCGGCAGCGAUAUGAAGAACUCAUGCUGAAUGAAACCCUUACCCGAAAUCGGUUGCUGGGCCAACAAACAGGUUCCAGCCCAGAAAGUCCGGUCCUGGACCCUUGCUUGCCGGUGGGACUCGCGGACGUGGUGGAGAGGAACGGUCAGGUCCUGCACAUCCGGGGCAGAGGAGACUGGACGGCCUGCGCGGACGAGCUGCACCCACUGCUCUCCCGCCCCAACGCCAGCCAGGCUUCCCUCAACGGGAUCUACCAGUCCCCCAUCAACUUCACCAGCAGCGAGUUCUACGGCUUCUCCGAGUUCUUCUACUGCACGGAGGACGUGCUGCGCAUCGGGGGCCGCUACCACGGCCCGACCUUCGUCAAGGCCGCCCGGGAUUACUGUAGCAUGUCGUGGCCCGUCCUAACGCAGAGGUUCAAGAAUGGCCUCUUCUCCUCACACGCGGACCAACAUCGCGUCAAGUAUCAGUGUUUUAAAUCAGCCUGGAUGUACCAGGUCCUUCAUGAAGGAUUCCAUUUUCCUUAUGAUUAUCCAAACCUGCGAACGGCCCAGUUGGUGUAUGACCGAGAGGUGCAGUGGACGCUGGGAGCCAUUCUGUAUAAAACACGUUUCUUACCUCUCAGGGAUCUCCGGCAGGAGAGCGUCCGGCAGGGCCACGGCGGCUGGUUCCGUCUCUCCUUCGUGUACAACCAUUAUCUUUUCUUUGCCUGCAUCCUGGUGGUGUUCCUGGCUAUCAUCCUGUAUCUCCUGCGACUGCGGCGGAUUCACCACCGGCAAGCCCGGUCCUUAGCCCCGAUAGAUCGGUGGAUAGGGGAGGUGGCACCUUUGAUAGGGGUUCAGGUGGGGCCGUGACGCCCACAGCGUUGCCAGGGCUGAAGCGGGAGCCGCCCGGAACCGCAGGACGUUCGGCUCUCGCGCCUCCUGCCCCAGCCCCACGUGCUGCCUCGACGGUGUGGUCACCUUCCACCUCUGCGGCAGCGCUGUGAACUCCUCUCCCCUCGCCGAAGCCAGAACUUAGCCCGUGAAGAAUCGUACCUUAAAGUGAAAGACUACACGCCUGGUGCUACUACAGGCCCCCAGCUUCGAUUUCGAUACGGCCGCGGACCAGCUGAGCCUCCGGGCGACGGAAACGGCGCGGGCCAGCUCGGCGCUUGUCCGGAGGACCCCGACUCUGCCCCCGGCCCAUCUUGCUGCUAGAGAAAUGUGGCUCCUCGAGAAUCAGAGCCCAUAUCUAAGGGGUCCGGGGGAGGUUUGGACCAAACUCGACCUGCUCCCCGUUUUGGCAGUUUAAGAGCUUUCUCUACCGAUUUACCUCACGGGUCGGGCCUGGGCAUUAUUACUGCAUCUUGAGCCUCUGAGUGGCCGACCAGAACUGGAACGGGAGGCACAGGAAUUUGUUUUCUCUUUGCUACAAGGCCUCGUUUCGCUCCCAGGUGGGAGAAAUGAACCAAGAACAGAGGAAGAUGUGCGUGAAAGGGAGAAACGCGGUGGCCAGGCCGUGGAACGGGACCAUAAAAUGCUGGACGUUGUUUUAGUUUCGGCCUUCAGGAUGGUGGCAGGUCCCACCCCAGAGGGUCCGUGGACUGAGAUGUCAGUAGGAGACAAAUCCAAAGUUCGGCAGCGGCGGCGGCAUUUCCCAGAUGAGGAGAAAGAAAACGGCUUUACUUAAUUUUGAUCCCUUCAGAGCCUCCUUUUCUUUCCACACAGACUUUUGCCUAUAAAACUUACCGUUUGCUCAAACCACCCCCUUCUGCCACCUCAGCCUUCUCUUGCCAUAAUCCGUUGUUCCUUCUGACGUCUGAAGUCUAGGGAGCAAAGCGUCCUUUCAUCAAUUUUGAAAGAGCAGGAAGAACCGAGGAGAGAGCAGUGCAGCCCCUCAAAAGAGAGAACACACUAAACCUGGAAGUAUGAACGUCUCGCUGAAACGCAAGGGAGACGGUUUCAUAAUCCCACUCAGAAUGGAUCCAAGAUGGAAGCGUGAUUCUCCAAGAGCACGAUUUGCCGCGUGAGAGGGCAAGGGUCCAGUGACAUCUAGGGCAGGGGUCCAGUUGCUCCUCAGUUGGGGAGUUUCCUAGUUUUCCCUAGGCAGUUUAAAAUUAGUCUGGUGCUGGAGACUUCCCAGCUUCCUUGGAAAGAUCUUUCCACAUUCCUGCUCUCACAGUAUUUCCUCAGUUCUACCUUUGCCUAAUUUAUACAUAGUGUUGCCUUUGUGUAUGUGCUUUUCCCAUGUCAUCUUAGUCAUUGGUUAAUCAGGCCAAAUCGAUUUCGCAGAAUCUUGUCGGUCUCACCAGCCCUAAGUUCAUUUCCAGUGGUCCAGUCCGGAUACACUGGGCUUGCUCGGGGUUUUGGUUCUUUUUAUUUUUAAACGCAAUGGGACCCGACUCUAGUAGCCGUGCCCGGUAAUGGUUAUCAUAAUGUUGAUGAUUCUCUGAGACUCGUCUAAGAUUAAUAACGCAGGGCCUGAGCCUAUCAAAGAUGUCUCUCUGGAUAUGUAAACGCCUCCAUCCACUUUCCUGGAUGCACCGAGUUGCUGGUCGCCAUUCCCCCUGGCUUCUACCAACCUUCUUUCCACUUGGACCACGAUCACUGGUAUGACGCUUGGAUGACAGAGAAAUACUAUCUCGUAUCGAAGUAUCUUUCUAAAGAAUUGAAAGCACGGCCCUAUUACCUCAUUAUUUUUCCUGUGAGGUAGGGAUCGGUAGGAGGAGGCAAGUAUUAUUAGUCCCCUUUUAUAUGGGGAAACGGAAGCACGGACACUGACGCUUGCCCAGUGACAAAUAGCCAGUUGGUAGUGUGUCUGGCCAGGAUUUCUAGUCCAGGGCACAUUCCACUUAGCGUUUUGAAAUGUUUUUCAGAUUACGUUUUCAAGCCUUUUAAUUCCCAACCCCCCCCCCUCCCCCCCAUCUGUUUGCCCUUGCUAGUGUUCGCCACAUUUUUUCAAUGACACCCCUGUGGUUCUUGUCCCGGUGUGGUACGUAAAAACACUUGGGAAGGAAGAGCGGCAUCUCCGGGUUAUUCCGGAACAAUCCACGAAACAAGGAAGCUGUACCUGCCCCUUCGUCUCCCAGCCACCCCGUCCUCCGAAUCCGGCUUUCCAAAUUGUAGAAUAAAGUUGAAACUUUUGCAGUGUCAAAACAA